AGUCUGGUGCCCCAGCGGGGAUAGGGAAAUGGGACUAGACGGGGUGGGAAAGUUUAAAGAAAUCAGUGGAUCAGGUGUUAGGGAUGGAAGGGAAGGGAAAGAUGUAGAAGGCUGGUAGGAGAACGUGGAUUAAGGGGGAGAUAGGAAGAACUAGUAGAAGAGUCGAGGGAACAGGGAAGGGAGCUACUAGGAGCCAGUUGAAGCCACUGUGAAGGGUAGGAAAGGUCUGGGAAGGCAUCCUGAAGGCAGAGACGUCCUUGGUGGGAAGUCAGAAGUGGAGGUUGGGAGUCCAAAUGAGAUGCUCACAGGGAUAAGAAAGGAAGCACGGUUGGAAGGAGGUCAGAGGAGGAGCACUGAGCUUGAUUUGUCUCUGGAGCCUUCGGCCAAGAAGAAAGAUGUCAGAUGAAGAUGAUCUGGAAGACUUCGAUGUAGACCAAGAUGAUCUGGAAAAGGAAGAGGAUGAGAAGGAGACAGAGGAGUGGGAGGAGUACAGGAAGGAGGGAGAAGACGUCUCUGAGGAAUGGUUGCCCACCCCCCUCACGGAGGACAUGAUGAAGGAAGGGCUUUCUUUGCUCUGCAAGACAGGCAGUGGACUGGCUCAUGCUUAUGUCAAGCUGGAGGUUAAAGACAGGGAUCUGACAGACCUCCACUUGUUGCGUUCCUACAUCCAUCUGCGCUAUGUGGAUGUUUCUGAGAACCACCUGACAGACUUGUCCCCGCUCAGUUUCCUUACACACCUGCUCUGGCUCAAGGCUGAUGGCAACCGUCUGCGGAGUGCCUGGCUGAAUGAACUGCCCUAUCUGCAGAUUGCCAGUUUUGCCUACAACCAGAUCACUGACACUGAGGGCAUCUCUCACCCUCGUCUGGGCAGCCUGGAUCUCAAAGGUAACCGCAUUCGCAUGGUGACAGGUCUGGACCCCCAAAAGCUGAUCAGCCUGCACACAUUGGAGCUUCGAGGGAACCAGCUGGAGACCACCCUGGGAAUUAACCUUCCUAAGCUGAAGAACCUCUUCCUGGCCCAGAACAUGUUGAAGAAGGUAGAGGGCUUGGAGAACCUAAGCAAUCUCACUACCUUGCAUCUCCGAGACAACCAGAUUGAAACUCUUAGUGGCUUCUCCAAGGAAAUGACAUCACUGCAGUAUCUCAACCUGAGGGGCAACAUGGUGACCCACCUGGGAGAGCUGGCCAAGCUUCAGGACCUGCCCAGGCUUCGAGCCUUGGUGCUGUUGGACAACCCAUGUACAGACGAGAGUGACUAUCGCCAGGAGGCCCUGGUCCAGAUAGCACACCUCGAACGCCUGGAUAAAGAUUUCUACGAGGAGGAGGAGCGGGCUGAGGCUGAUGAGAUCCGUCAGAGGAUGAAGGAGAUCCAGGAGCAGGAGGCUGAGCCCGAGCAUGACUUCGAACUGGAGCAGCCAUCCAUGUAGCAGCAGCUCUUCUAGCCUCCAAGGGAGAUCAAAGACACUGGUCUCAAGACCUGAGAAGACUCCCAGUUAGGGCGGCUGCCACAUUCACACCCCUCAUCCUGAAAGGAGCAUGCUUUCUCUUGCCUCAUACCUGGGUAUUUACCACAAGCCCUCUGUGGUGGGCACUUGGGCAGUGUCUGGGUGGGCCUGAGCUCCACUUGGAACGUGCGUGCCUGCCUGUGUAUGUUUGGGUGUGGGAGCCCUCGGGUAGGUACAGGGAAAUCAGGCCUGGAUGGGCCCAAGGGAUGCUCCUAGAGUUGGCUGCAGAGUUGCUGCGAAGGCGGCUGGGUGUGUUACAACAGUUCGGUUUUCAAAUAAAGAGACAUUUUUAUA